CCCCGCCCCCCCGCGCGCGCCGCCGCCGCCAUGAGCGGGGGGGGCGAGGGACCGGGACCCCCCCCGGGACCGGCACCGGGAUCGGCACCGGGACCGGCACCGGGACCCCCCCCCGGGGCCGAGCGGGGCGGGCAGCGCGUGCGGGGUCGCGUCCUCGCGGCCUGGAACAGCGUCAAAUACGGCUGGACGCUGCGGCCGCGGCCCCACUUCAGCCCGCGGGACCCCCUGUACCUGCUGGGCAGGGUCUACGCGCCGGGGAACGGGGAGGAGCUGGCGCGGUUCCGGCGGGAUUUCUGCUCCCGCCUGUGGUUCACGUACCGCAGCGGCUUCCCCGCGCUGCCCGGGACCCCCCGGACCACGGACUGCGGCUGGGGCUGCACCCUGCGCAGCGCCCAGAUGCUGCUGGGCCAGGGGCUCGUGCUGCACCUGCUGGGCCGGGUGUCCCCCACUCCCUUCCAGACUGGACGUGGCCGGAGGCGCUGCUGGAACUGGAACCGGGGGGGACCCGGAGGAGCCGUGACCCCCCAGGCCGGACACGGGACCCCUCGGGACGGACACGGCCUCCCCGGGAUGGCCCCAGGGUUCCCUGGGAUGGACAUGGAUCCCCCAGGCCGGACACCGGAUCCCCUGGGUGGACACGGGACCCCCCUGGGAUGUACCCAGGACCCCCCAGGACGGAUGCGACCCCCCCAGAAUGGACAGGGACCGCCUGGGGUGGAUACGGGACGCCCCAGGAUGGACACGGAGUCCCUCGGGGGGACACGGGACCCCUCGGGACAGGCACGGGACCCCCCGGAGAAGCUCCGGGACCCCCCUGGACGGACACGGCCCCCCCCGGGAUCCCCCCGAGCCCCCCGAGACGCGGAGCAGCGGCACCGCGCCAUCGUAUCCUGGUUCUCCGACCACCCCCGCGCCCCGUUCGGGAUCCACCGGCUCGUGGAGCUGGGCCGGGAGUUCGGGAAGAGCGCCGGGGACUGGUUCGGCCCCGCCAUCGCCGCGCACCUGCUGCGGGGGGCCGUGGAAUCCUGCACGGAGACCCCCGGGCUCGCCGUCUACGUGGCCCAGGACUGCACCGUUUACAAGGGGGACGUGGCUAGGUUGGUGCGGGGCGACCCCGAGGGGGGAACAGCGGGACCGGGAGCGCCGGGACACGGGACACCGGGAGCACCGGGAGCCUCGGGACACGGGACACCGGGAUCAGGAACGCCGGGACAGGGGACACCGGGAGCACCGGGAGCCUCGGGGCACGGGACACCGGGAUCAGGAACGCCGGGAGCGCCGGGGCAGCGCCGCGGCCUCGUCCUGCUGGUACCGGCGCGGUUGGGGGGCGAGAGCCUGAACCCCGUGUACGUGGAGUGUGUCAAGGAGCUGCUCCAGCUCCGCUCCUGCCUCGGCAUCAUCGGCGGAAAACCGCGGCACUCGCUCUUCUUCCUCGGCUUCCAAGGCGAUUCCCUGCUCUACCUGGACCCGCACCUCUGCCAGGCCAGCGUGGACACGGCCCGGGAGAAAUUCCCGCUCCAGUCUUUCCACUGCUGUUUUCCGCGGAAAAUGCCCUUCGGGAAGAUGGAUCCCAGCUGCACCUUCGGCUUCUAUGCCGGCGGGACGGAGCUGGAGCAGCUCUGGGGGGACCUGGCCCGGGUGCUGGCCCCCCCCUCGGCUCCGGAGCGUUAUCCCAUCUUCACGCUGGCCGAGGGUCACGCUCAGGACCAGGCCCUGGACACCCCCCCGGGGCCGCCCCCUUCCCUGCCCCGCCAGGGGAAACGCCCCAAAAAACCCAAUUCCGACGAGUUCGUUUUCCUCUGAGCCCCCCCGGACCCCCCGAACACUGGAUCGGCCCCGGGAGCUGCAGCCGCGGCUCGGGGGGGCCGCGGGCACCUCCCCCCCUCAAACUGGGGCUGCUUUGGGUCACUACUGCCCCUCCUCCACCCCGGGACCCCCCAGCUCUGGGGACUCCUCACACUCCAAUUUGGGGACCCCCCCAAAUUCCCGGGGUCCCCCGAAUUCACUGUCAGAGGCUGCUCAGGGUGGGGGGGGGUUAUUUAUUGCUCCACUCAGGACCCCCCCGGCCACGCCCCCCCCCCAAAUAAAGAGAACUUGAAUCGA